CGAACAAGCCAUCUAUAUGGCUUUUGGUGCUUCAAUAGCUGAAGGAGUCUAUGCUAUGGCUGCCUACAUUGUCUUUUUCGAGUUAGUCGGUGAUAGCAAGAUUCUGAACUAUAUCAUGCCCCUGUUGAAAGUGAUUGCAGCCUUGAUUAUUAUCAACGUUGGACGCAAUUUCACGCAAAUGACAGCCAGUACAUUUGCAGCAACGAACAAUUCUACUUCUGAAGAUGGUGCAAAAGGUACCAUUUUUAGAGGGUUUUAUUUCUCCAUCGUGAACAUCGCUCUUGUUGCCAAUCAUAUCGCUCUGAUUACUGCCAUCAACCCCUAUCACUUCGUUACAUUCAGAAAACGAUAUGCUUUGUUUUGGGGUCUGGGCGCUUGUGUUGGCAUGUCAUCGUGGUUUUUCAUCCUUGUAAACAUUCUGAAGAGCUACCGAAAAACAUUGAAGAUCAUCUCUGUGGUUUGGUUCUUGAACAAUCUGGGAACGUUCCUUAUUUUUGUUGGAAUCUUCUCGCUGUUUUCUAUUAUGUGGACUCUUGUGUAA